UUAAUUUAAUUCCGAUGCUUUAUUUUAUUUAUUUGCUGCUUUUUGUUUCUACAAAUUGUGAAAAUGCCAUUACUUUAUUUGGACCCGGGCUGGAACCGCAAAAAAUUGUGCUGCCGGCAAGGUAUUUCUUCGUGAACUUUACAUCUUUCAAUGAAAAUUCAUAUGUUCCUCAGCUGGGUAAAGACCUCGCGAUUGAAGUUCUUGGUCGAUCUAAAAAGGAUAACCAUUGCAGAGUGUGGGUUAAUAAACUGGAUCGUAAAGAUGGUACUUUUAUAGUGCGUUACAAAAUGUAUGAAACAUGUUAUGACGUAUCCAUUAAUGUAUACUACAAAAGCAAACAUAUAAAAGGAUCCCCUUUGACAUUUUCAGGUCCUAUUCUUCCAGAUCAAUGUAACUGUCCAGAAAAAAACUUCAACAAAUGGCUACAGGAUUUUGGGUGCCCAGCGUCUUAUGAACAAAUAGACCAUGCUCUCAAACCUUUCUCAAAAGUAGACAUGGAACAAGAAAUAAAGAAAAUAAUAAAGAAAUUUCAUAGACCUGAGAGUACAAGUUUUUGUCACUAUAUAAUCAAGGAUAAUCAAGUAUAUAGGGAUUGCUAUGGCAAACAUGUUGGUUUUAAUAUGUUUGCUGAUAACAUACUUUUGUUUAUGAGUAGAAAAGUCAAUAUGCCUGAUAUGGAGCUUGUAAUAAACCUGGGUGAUUGGCCGCUGGUACAAAAAGGAAGUAAGGAGCUUCCUGUAUUUUCGUGGUGUGGUAAUCAUGAUACCAUUGAUAUUGUGAUGCCAACUUACGAUAUAACCGAGUCCGCAUUGGAGAACAUGGGAAGAGUCACAUUAGAUACCUUGUCAGUGCAAGGCAGCAUAGAUCGUACAUGGCCGCAACGCGAGUCACGUGCGUUUUGGCGUGGACGCGACUCCCGUGAAGAAAGACUUAAACUCAUCGACAUCGCACGGGCUAACCCGGAACUGUUCAAUGCAUCUCUUACUAACUUUUUCUUCUUUAGAAACAAAGAAGCAGAAUAUGGUCCCAAACAGCCUCAUAUUUCUUUUUUUAAGUUUUUUGAUUACAAAUAUCAAAUCAACAUAGAUGGGACAGUAGCGGCCUAUAGAUUUCCGUACCUUUUAGCUGGCGGUGGCUUAGUUCUAAAGCAGGACUCGCCGUAUUAUGAGCAUUUCUAUCCCCUACUCAAGCCAUGGGAACAUUACGUACCAGUGAGACGUGAUCUCUUGGAUUUGAAAGAACGUGUGCUAUGGGCUCUAGAACAUGAUGAUGCAGCCUACAGAAUAGCACAGAACGCUAGAAAGUUCGCCAACGAGAAUUUGUUACCGCAGCACAUUGUUUGCUAUCAUGCUGUUUUGUUUUCGAAAUGGAGCAAACGCAUAGUGAAUAAAAUAACGGUUCCAGAUGAUAUGACUCGAGUCACACAGCCAAAGUUCGAAUGUGAUUGUGACUUUAAUGCGCAAAAAAAUCGCGAAGAGUUAUGAUAAAAUUUUAAUAUAAUAGGAUACUUUUUCUCUGCUUCAAUUGACUCGCAUAAAUAUGUUGCAAAUUAUCUAAAAUUCGUUAUCUCAUACUUUAUACAAUACCAAAAACAUUAAAGUCAAAAAAAUGCUAAUUCUUAUUUAGUUUGCAUGGCAUCAUUAAGGUGUGACAAU